GCGGCGGAGGGAUACGGAGCGCCGUAUAUAUUUCACAGAGCGCAGGGUCGCACUUCGGCAUUUGUGCUGGGAGUCUCGCGGACGCGUUGCCGUUACUUGCAGUCGGGCGGCGGCGCGGACGGCGGCAGCAGCGGCGGCGGCGGCAGCGGCACAGCGCUCAGCGCACACCGCGCCUUAGCAGCAGCAGCAGCAGCAGUAGCAGAGGCACCCCCGCCGUCACAGCCCGUGGGCUGGUGCAGCCACUCUCGCUCCCUCUGCUCUUCCUUCGUUCGCACCAUGGCUGAUCAGCUGACUGAAGAACAGAUUGCUGAAUUCAAGGAAGCUUUCUCCCUAUUUGACAAAGAUGGUGAUGGCACCAUCACAACAAAGGAACUUGGCACUGUCAUGAGGUCACUGGGUCAGAACCCAACAGAAGCUGAAUUGCAGGAUAUGAUCAACGAAGUGGAUGCUGACGGUAAUGGCACCAUUGACUUCCCAGAAUUCUUGACUAUGAUGGCUAGAAAAAUGAAAGAUACAGACAGCGAAGAAGAAAUCCGUGAGGCAUUCCGAGUCUUUGACAAGGAUGGCAAUGGUUACAUCAGUGCGGCAGAACUACGUCAUGUCAUGACAAACUUAGGAGAAAAACUAACAGAUGAAGAAGUAGAUGAAAUGAUCAGAGAAGCAGAUAUUGAUGGAGAUGGACAAGUCAACUAUGAAGAAUUCGUACAGAUGAUGACUGCAAAAUGAAGACCUACUUUCAACUUUUUUCCCCCCUCUAGAAGAAUCAAAUUGAAUCUUUUACUUACCUCUUGCAAAAAAAAAAAAAAAUCAUUUACUCAUUCUGUUUCUAUAUAGCAAAACUGAAUGUCAAAAGUACCUUCUGUCCACACACACAAAAAAUCUGCAUGUAUUGGUUGGUGGUCCUGUCCCCUAAAGAUCAAGCUACACAUCAGUUUUACAAUAUAAAUACUUGUACUACCUUAACGAUAAGGAAGCACUUAGUGGACUCCUUGCAGUUCCAUUUGCUAAUGAUUAAUACACCGUUUGGGCUGGCCAGUUUUUCAUGCAUGCAGCUUGACAAUUGAGCACAGUCAGGCAUUUGUAUUAAAAACGAAAAAUGAAAAAACAAAUUCAAAACCUGUUCAGAUGGGUUCUAGUUCAGUUUGUUAGUAUAAAUUGUCAUAGCAGGUUUACUGAAAGCAAACACAUUUAAAAUUGGUUUACCUCAGGAAGUGUGUAGAAAAAUGAGGGAAGGAUAAACUGUCCAGAUGUAGCCCCACUCAGCAAGAUGGUCCUCUUGUACUCCCUGCGCCCCGACCCACGGUGACAGUGACACAUCUUGGUGGCGUGCCCACGUGUGUUGGUGUGGCGUUGUCUGCAUUAUACUAGAGGGAAAUGGGUGUCAGGCUGUCACCAUUCGUACAAAUUUUUUUAAAAAAACUUACCAAGGGAGCAUCUUUGGACUCUCUGUUUUUAAAACCUUCCGAACCGUGACUUGGAGCCAGCAGAGGUAGGCUGUGGCUGUGGACUUCAGCACAACCAUCAACAUUGCUGUUCAAGAAAUUACAAUUUACGUCCAUUCCAAGUUGUAAAUGCUAGUCUUUUUAUUUUUUUUUUCCAAUAAAAAGACCAUUAACUUAAA